GGUGUUAGCAUUUGGUACGGUUUGGUUCCGGUUAAGUCGGUUUGGGUUAUCGUAUAGCACCUCGAGACAGACUCUCUCUUUUCGGCUUUUUACGCGCUUUCUCCGACGAAGAUUCCUUCUUGGAUCAAAGAGAGAAUCUCUGUGAGAGAUACAGAGGAAGCCAAAUCCUUUCAUCUCGAAAACAGAGAGAGAGAGAGAUGCAAAACAUCUCGAAAGCUUCCUCUGCUAUCUCCUUCUUCCGAUGCUCUAGGAACCUAGCAAGUCAGCCAUGUGUGAGGCAGCUUCACAUCCGAAAGGGUCUUGUCAGUAGAGUCAUGAAGCUUGUCUCUUCACCUCUUAGGACUCUCCGCGGCGCUGGCAAAUCUAUUCGAGUCUCCAGUUUCUGCAGUGUCUCCUCCAGUAUCUCCUCUUUGCAGAUUGAGAUGGUGCCUUGUCUUAAAGACAACUAUGCUUACAUUUUGCAUGACGAGGAUACUGGUACUGUUGGGGUGGUUGACCCUUCUGAAGCUGAACCUGUGAUUGAUUCUUUGCAGAGGAGUGGUCGGAACCUAACGUAUAUAUUGAAUACACAUCAUCAUUAUGAUCAUACUGGUGGCAAUCUGGAAUUGAAAGACAGGUACGGUGCAAAGGUGAUUGGCUCAGCUUUAGAUAGAGACCGGAUACCUGGGAUUGAUAUAGCCUUGAAGGAUGGUGACAAGUGGAUGUUUGCUGGUCAUGAAGUCCAUGUUAUGGAUACUCCUGGCCACACAAAAGGCCAUAUCAGCUUGUACUUUCCAGGAUCACGAGCUAUCUUCUCUGGGGACACCUUGUUUAGCUUAUCUUGUGGUAAACUCUUUGAAGGUACCCCUAAGCAGAUGCUUGCUUCUCUCAAAAAGAUCAUUUCUUUACCAGAUGACACAAGCAUAUACUGUGGUCAUGAAUAUACACUGAGUAAUUCCAAGUUUGCGUUGUCUAUAGAGCCAAACAAUCAAGUACUUCAGUCUUAUGCAGCUCAUGUUGCAGAGCUCCGUAAAAAGAAGUUACCUACGAUUCCGACAACAUUGAAGAUGGAGAAAGCUUGUAACCCAUUCCUCCGCAGUUCGAAUACAGAUAUUCGUCAGGCUUUAGGUAUUUCAGAGACUGCAGAUGAAGCAGAAGCUUUGGCUAUUAUCCGAGAAGCAAAGGAUAAUUUCAAAGCUUAGGCUUUUUCUUCUGAGGCAAUUCUUUGGUUUCAACAAGAAAACAAGAACAAAGAGACAGAGAGAAAGAAAAAUGUUUUACUUUGAUUGACGAUUUUUCAUCAACACUGGAAUUAGGUUUUGGUUGACGAUUUUUCUUGAGAAAAUAUUUACCCUUUCAUGUUUCUUGUUUUUGAGAUUUUCAUGCGAAUUAUGAAACAAAUUAAAUGUUCUAUUGUAUUCUUGAAACUGGAAAUUACUUUCGAAAAUUUCUUCCUAGUUACAUU